AUGUAUUCAAUGAAUCAUAAAUACCCUUAUUUCUAAUGUAUCAUCAUAAGGCUUAGUAUCGUUUUUCGUAAAUCAAAAUUUUAAAGAAUUAUAAACAAACCCUUGCUUGUAUAAUGGAAAAUUCUCAUUUACAAAAGAAAAAUUUGCUUAUUAAGCAAUACAAUGUUUCGCCUCUUACAGUAAAUGCUAAAUGAUAAAAAAUUAACCAUUUUCACACACAACCCUUACUACUUACAGAAACUAAGAAACAACCAAUAAACUUAGAAUAAUGGUCCAAAAAAAUGUAAUUUUUGGUGUGACUCCAAACCCUAUUCGAGAAAAACGAAAUCUUCUCCAUUAAUAUUAUUAUGUAAUUCUAUUAUUGUUCAAUUAUCAUAAUACAGGAUUCACUCUCUGCAUUUGGAUGCAUAAAUUUUAAGUUUUUUAUUACAUGGGAGGAAACAAUGUAUUUUAACUCUACCAUUUUUUUAAUUUUCUUCCAACAUACUUAUUAUUUCUAAACUAAUUUAUAAAAUCAAAAUCAUCAAUUUUACUAAAUUUAAAUUGCUAAAUAUGAAAAUAAUUAUCUUUCAACUAAAUUUUAGGAUCUAAAAAUAAUUAAAAAAAAUAUUUUAAUAAAAGUUAUAUCAUCCCUAUUAUUAUUAAAGCUCUUCUUAUCUUUAGUUAAUUAUUCUUCCUUAAAUUGGUUAGUCAUUUCCAACAUAUCCAAUACUAUGUUAACUUCCAAUUCUAGUUAGGAUGAUUACUCGUAUAUUGAAGACGGCAUCUCAACAUUUAGAUUUGGUUACUCUUCUGCAACAUGUUCUAACUAGGCCUGAUUAAUGUCAUAAAUUAUUCCUUUAUACUCCUUAUAUGCUUGAAAUAACAGUAUCGAUUCACAAACAUAGAGCACAGUAGAGAAAAUCUAAGGUUGAUUUGGUGAAGUUCUUAUUAUCAUCUAUGAAAAAGGGCAAAUUAUAUUCAACAAACCACAAAAAGAAUAUUACGUUCAAAUAUAUCAAUGAGAAGUCAUAAAACAUUGUUACUAAUGCAAGGCAAUAAUUCUAAUAGUUUAUUAGUUUCAUACUUUUUGAUAAUAAGUAAGUAUCAUCAUACAACCAUUAAAACAAUCAGACAAAAAAAAGGUUUCUUAAUUUCUCAGAAAAACCCUAAAAAAUACCAACACAAAUUGGAUGGCUAUAAAAAGUCUAAGUAUUUCAUUGA